UGUUGCACUUGCCCGGUUGUGACCUUCAAAACUUGCCUGUCUCUCUAUCACGUUCGAAUUUCACUUCCCUUUUGGUCCUUGACCUUGCUUACAAUCAUUUUGAAGUUAACUCUUCAAUACCUCAGUGGUUGUAUAAUAUCAGCAACCUUGUUGAGCUUGAUCUUAGUUAUUGUGGUAUGAAAGAUCGACUUUUCCACAUUGCAUGGGGAGAUUUCUGUAAUUUUCAGAAGUUAGCUCUAUCUGGUAAUGAGAUUGGCGGUGAGAUAAGCGAAGUGGUAGAGGGUUUGUCUGCCUGCAAUAACAGCAGCAUAGAAGAGUUACAUUUGGGGCUCAGUCAACUAGUUGGGCGGUUGCCAGAUUCACUGGGAGACCUCAAGAAUUUAAAAUCCCUUCAUCUUUAUUAUAACUCACUCUCAGGGCCAAUUCCAGCAUCAAUUGAAAGAUUGUUGAAUUUGGAAGAAUUGGACCUUUCUUACAGUAUGAUGAAUGGGUCCAUCCCUGAAGGCCUUGGGAAGCUUACAAAAUUAGCUUUUUUAGAGCUUUGCGAGAAUCUUUGGGAGGGAGUCCUAUCUGAAUAUCAUUUCCAGGGCCUCACAAAACUUGAAGAUUUCUCCAUAUCAUCGUCGAACAAGACAUUUCUCUUCAAUGUGAGCAGUGAUUGGGUUCCUCCUUUUAGCCUGACAAACAUUAGAAUCAUGAAUUGCCCAUUGGGUCUAAGAUUUCCAGCAUGGCUUAGGACUCAGAAUCAACUUUCAAAUAUAGUCCUCACAGAUGCUGCCAUUUCGGACCCGAUUCCUUCUUGGAUUUGGAAAAUGUCUCCGCAGAUUCAAUGGUUGGAUCUUUCCAAUAACGAAAUUGGAGGAAUACUUCCUGGUCCACUCGAAUUCUUCCCACGAACAUGGGUAGAUUUAAGUUUGAACCGCUUGGAUGGCCAACUCCCACUGUGGUCUAAUGUUUCAUAUCUCAUCUUGGAUGAUAACUUCUUGUCAUGA